CGCAGAUUGGUUGGAUGGAGUACACUUGCUCAAGUCGCACGUACCACUGCAGAAGAGACUGCAGUAAUAACGAGAUCAUGGUCUGAUCAGCUCGCCAGCUUCCCCCUUAACUCCGACAACUUGAAAGUAGCGUCGCUCCGUGCGACGGAGCAUUAAUCACGCGACUGACACGAGCACUACUUCUGCUGUGCCUGCUCGCCUCGAGUCCUAUCAGCAGCGCGAUGCGCUUUGCCAUGCUGCUAUCUCUGGCAGGCACACAUCUUCCAAACGGACGCGUAAUAGUUCUUCCAAAGAGACGCGGCAAUGACGGGGUCGACUUGCCGGCCGGCGCAGGGACGGGCCGCUCAUUACCUGCCGGCAUUUUGGUCGCCUGUUCGCUUGCUGCAGCCUUUGCAACGUGCUUCUCGGCAUACCUGAUAUGGAAGCAGCUCAAGAAUUAUCGCAAGCCGAUUUUACAGCGCUAUGUCGUCCGCUUACUCGUCAUGGUUCCCAUCUACUCGAUUGCUUCUUGCAUAUCGCUCUUCUCACUAGAUGCGGCGUUUGCGAUUGACCUAGUGCGCGAUCUGUACGAAGCAUUCGUCAUCUACUGCUUCUUCAACCUGCUUGUCGAGUACCUCGGCGGAGAGCGCUCGCUGAUCAUCUUGCUGCACGGGCGGCAGCCGACGCCACAUCUGUGGCCGAUCAAUUACUUUCUGCAAGAAAUGGAUGCCAGCGAUCCGUUCACGUUUUUGGCGCUCAAGAGGGGUGUGCUGCAGUAUGUCCAGAUCAAGCCUGUUCUCGCCGUUAUCACGGUGCUGUGCAAAGCGCUCGACGUAUAUGACGACGGCAAGCUUGCCAUCAACAAUGGUUACACCUGGGUGUCGUUCAUGUACAACAUCUCUGUCUUCUUGUCACUCUAUUGCCUGGGAAUGUUUUGGGCGUGCCUGUCGGAAGACCUUCAAGCGUUCAGAGUCACUUGGAAAUUCAUCUGCAUCAAGGGGGUCAUCUUUUUCUCUUUCUGGCAAGGACUCGGCAUCUCCAUCCUUGUCGCCAUUGGCCUAAUCAAACAGAUCGGUCCGGUCGCCGACCCUGAGUACAUCUCGCUCGCUGUGCAAGACAUGCUCAUCUGCUUUGAGAUGCCCAUCUUUGCACUGAUGCAUGCCUUCGCCUUCAGCCACAAGGAUUACCUCGAACUAUUUGCUCACCAUGCUGCCAGGCUGCCCGUCUUUUACGCCGCCAGAGAUUCAGUGGGAAUGUUCGAUGUCUGGACAGACAGCUUGACCACUAUCCGUGGGACUGGGUAUGGCUACCAGACAUUCGAGCCUAGCGAGGGUGUGGUCCACGCAGAGCUAGGGCGUCAGAGAAGGUACAAGGCUGGCUUGCGAUACGCAAACGGGGGCAAAUCGAAAUACUGGCUGCCGCUGCGGAGAAGUGGGGAUCCUGCCGAGAUACCCGGUGAGCGACAUCGCUCACCCGUGACGCGUUUCCGGAGGUACCUCAAUCAAAAGCGCAUGGAGCGAGAGGGGUAUGCGCCUUUGCUUCCUGAAGAAGCAGCAGAGGCGGUCCAUCCUGAUCCAGGAGACGAGGAUGGGGAACAACGCGGAGUAGGCUACGGUUCGCACGGCUCUGCCGCAGGCGUGCAAUCAACAUUCGAGUACGUCGAUACCGUCCUUCUUCCGGAGCCCGACGAUGAUUCGCCGGCUUGCUUAGAGUUCGAGGAUCCAGACGAGGACGAGGAGAAGCUAUACGAAAAGAGCCGCAACUUGCUGCGCGGCGGCAUCGGCGACUGGGGCUUCCCAACUGUGGAGCCGCGCAGGGAUCAGAAGCGCCGGGACGGUAUCGAGGUGCACAGAGAGGAGAAGAGACGCAGGCUCGAGAGCCAGAAACGUCGGUCGGAGUGGCGCAGGGCUCAAGAGGCGGAGGCUUAUGCUUCCUUCGGUAGCGACGAUGAGGCAAAUGCCGCCAGCCCUUCCAGCGGUCCCGGCGCAGUUGGCACAAUGAAGGCCACAACGCCGACGGUGAAGAAAAAGCGCUGGUCUCGCUCAAGGUUUGCAGCGUACGCGGACAGUGAUGUGGAGGCGGGGGAUGCGAUAUGCAAGCACAAUUCUGGUUCAGAACCGAACGGUGCAGGCAAAGGCAAAGCGACGUCAUCAUCCGAUACCGCCAUAACGCCGCGUGAAUCUGUAGCUCAGCCACGACCCAGAAAUGACUCGAUCAAGGGCGGGUCGGCUUCAGCUCCCAGAAUAGGUGGCGCGGUAGACCUUUUCGUCGAGGAUCGCGAGGCGGAAGAGCGCGAGCGCAUACGCGAGCGCAGGAGGGGCGACCCGGCGCUGCGUGCCAUGAAACGCAAGCGCAUCUUCCGCAAGCAGUGGAAUCCUACG